GAGAUAGGGUGUGCUGAUUAUUACUAAUUUCGAUCAGUUUUGGUAGAACGGUUGGCCUAAAAGACAAAUUUCAAAAGCACUAAUUAAACAAAAUAGUACGUGGUUGGUUAGUUAGUUAAUCAACCAGUCAAACGAUCAAUGAUGCUGGGACACCUCAUUCCACCAGUUUUAUUGACACGCUUCCCACACACUCACACGUACGAUGGACACUUUAAUGGUCUUUUGUGAAUCUCCUUUUGAAUAUUAUCAUGAGUUGUGUUUUCUUUAGCUACUUUGACCGCAAAAUCGCAUUAUCAAUUAUCAGAAAAAUGUAUGUGAAACCGAAAAAUGUACCUUUAAGAUUUUUCACACUUAUUAAAAGAACAUAUCAGAUUUUAGUUACCAAUACAUUAUUUUCUGUUGUCAACUAUUCUCCACAACUUUUAACCAAUAAAAUCUUUAUAAACAUCAUUAUAUUUUUUUAAUUUUACAAUUUACAAUUAAUUUAUACAUUGAAAAUGUAAAAUAUAAAUCUUUCGAAACAAUUUUUUUUCUAAAAUAUAGAUCUUUUUGAAACAAAAGGAGUAUAUUUUUUCAUACAAAUACUCCAACUAAAUUUUGUUAUGAUUUUUAACAUUCAAUUUUUUUUUUGCUAUCCAGUUUAAUAUCCAAACUAUUUUUUUUUCUUUUUUGGAAACAAAGUAGUAAAAAUCCGACAUGCCGUAAUUGAACCAACGACCUAAAAAUUUGCUGUCACAUACUACAUUCUUCUGCUCUACCAACUGAGCCAAGGUCGGUUAAUAUCCAAACUAAUUAAUUUGUUCAUUUAAUAUAUUUACUUUUAAAAUGUGUUCAUUUUAAUACCCAAACUAUGUUUAUUUUAAUAAUAAAUAUCAAACUAAAUUUAGAAAAUCUCUAAAAUUAAAAAAAAAACAAUUUGUAAAAAUUUCAAAUUUUAAUUUAAUUUUUAAUAAUAAAAGUAACUAAAUUUUUGAUAAUCUUAAUUUAUAUAAUAUUAAAUUUUUUUAGUUUCAAAUUUCGUUUGUUUUCUAAAGUUUAAAAUAAUUUAUUUAUUUUAUUCAGAAUUAAAAAUUUAUAAAUUUUAAAAUAUUAUCCAAAACUUAGUUACUUUAUUUUUAUAACUUAAAAUGAAAUUUCAAAAUUUCAGAUUUAAUUCGAAUUAUAGAUAUUUUCUAAGUUCUGUUUGAAAUUUAAUAUUAUUUUUGAUUAAGCACAGUUUUUAAUGGAAAUUUCCCUUAAUUAUUUACAAAUUAAAAAGGCCACGUUAUGUAAUGUAUCUACAUGAGUUAUCCACGUACUAUAUACGCAUACGUCUCAAGUGAUGUUGAUAUAUUUAUGGAGAUAAAGUAUAGUAAUAAUCAUAAGAUUCAAGAAUCUAUACUCAAUCUCAUUGCUUCAUCUGUAAACACACAUAACCUUUAUCUCUUUAUCAUCUCCUGAAUAAUUCGGAGUUCAAGAUAGAAAGAAAGGAAGCUUUCAUUAAGCUUUAGCUUCAGGAAAAGACAGAUUCUCUUACUUCUAAUUAAAAAGUCUCCUCUUCCUUCGCUUUUCCAUUUCUUCUCCUUUCCGACAAAAAGAGAAGACAACCGUACAAGUAGAACCGUCUUUCUCCUGUCCUAACCUUCAGCAUAAAGAAAAGGGGAGAAUAAUAUAAAACUAAUUAAAAGGGAGUUUCUUCAGCUGCAAGUUUCUAUAUAUCCAUCAUGGGAGAUCAUUUCGUGCUCCUGGUGGAUCGGUUGAUAACAGAAGCGACGAUUGAGGAAGCCAUUCAGAGCAGGAACCGUAUGUUGCAAGGCAACGCACCCGUCGAGGAGGAAUGUAGAAUCCUGGACGAGAAAACACUUGAGAAGCUGCGUAAUGGAGAUUUGAAGAUGGUGCAGUGUAGGAUUUGUCACGACGAGGAUUUGGAUUGUAACAUGGAGACUCCUUGCUCUUGCAGCGGUAGCUUGAAGUAUGCACAUAGGAGGUGCGUGCAGAGAUGGUGUAACGAGAAGGGAGACACCACCUGCGAGAUUUGCCAUCAGGAGUUUAAGCCGGGCUAUACAGCACCAUCUCCAUUGUUAGAGUUAGGUCAUGUUCCUCUUCACUUCAGGGGAAACUGGGGAGUGUCUCAACGUGAGCAUCGUUUCAUCACAGUUGUACCUGCAGAUCCCACUUUCCUCGACGACCAUCAUCAGUAUCCUCUUUCUUCCUCCACAAGCUUCAUCUGUUGCCGUUCCCUUGUUCUCAUCUUCAUGGCUCUUCUGAUUCUCCGACACACGCUCCCCUUAGUCCUCACCGGUUCAAACCUCCAUGUCUUCCCUUUGUUCACGUUGUUGUUUCUGAGAAUACUCGGGAUCGUGCUACCAAUCUAUAUCGUCACCAAAGCAGUCGCCACCUGUUGCCGCCAUUCUCAGACAUUAGAAACCUCCGACUCUGAAGAUUCAUCUGACGAAGAAGCAGAGUUAUGGCGCUUCCCUCAAACGCAAUCUUACAUUAUAGGAGUGCCAUGAGAGCAUUGUUUAUUUUCCUUUCACAUACACAAUGUCUCUGUAAAUAUACCCUCACUUAUACAUGUAAAGUGUUGAACUGGAUUUUAACAGAUUGAACAAAAGAAAAAAAAAGUAUAUAAUUGGCAAA